UGUUUUUACCUUUCCUCACUUUCGGACGUUACCUUUAUUUCGAGUUAAUUGAAACCGGCGGCUAUUAGUGGUUCGAGGCACAUGGCAAAUGGCACAUGUUACAAAUCGUCUCAUUUUUCAAAACAAAUUAACAAUGUUUGUAUCGUAAAUUUAUCAUUUACAUCGACGUAAUCAAAAUGAUAUUGCAACCGAGUAACGUGGAAUUAACUAAAAUACAUUACUACGAAAAAAACAAUCAAAAUAUAUCUUCAUAUACGAUCAGUAAAAAAGUAGAUGAUAAAAAUUUUGGUAAUAAAAAAGUUAUCAUUAAAAAGAAUGUUUUCGGACAUAGAUGGGUGUUGCAAAUAAAUGAUGAUGGCGUUAGAAUUAAACGAAAUUCCAAAGUGAAAGUUUUAGUGUAUAUGUUAGUGUUUUUAUCUAUAUUGUUAGUAGUCGGGUUUGGAAUUUUUUUAACAUUAGAUAAUACGGUUUUUAAGAAAAAAGAAAAAAUGGUAAAACAUUAUGUUUAUCCUAAAGAUGUGAAUUUUCGCAAUAGACCAAAACCAAUGUCAAUAAAUGAUACAAUUAACGAAGAAUUAGUCACUGAUGUCAAUAACGACGUUUUUACUAAAGAAACUAAGAUGGUUUUUGAAAAGAAGCCUUAUUGUACAAACUGUACGUUAGAAAAAGAAAUUUGUUUGAAACUCAAUGGUACGUCUAAACCUGAAUGCGUCCCAACCAUAGAUGAAUACGACCCUACAGGUUGUGGGGGAUUAUGCCAAAUCAACAUUGAAUUUUGUCAAAUUUUGAGUAGAAAGUAUCAGGUAUAUCAAUGUUCGCCAAGAAAAACUACUCUCAAUUGCGCACAGGAUCAAUUUAAUUGUGGAAAUAUGUGUAUAAAUGCGGAAAAACGAUGUAAUGGUUUCAUAGACUGUUCAGAUAAAUCUGAUGAACAAAAUUGCGAUUGUGAUUAUUCGACUCAUUUCCAUUGCGGCAACGAAACGUCUUGUGUAUCCAAAACACACAUUUGCGAUAAAAGAAUCGAUUGUUGGGAUGGUAGCGAUGAAAAAAAUUGUAACUACGAACGAGCUUGUAAAGCCGGAGAGCAUCCUUGCGAUAGUAAUGCUUGUAUUAAGAUAGAACAACUUUGCAAUGGUGUUACGGACUGCAUCGACGGAUCAGAUGAACCGGAAGGAUGUUCCACACAAAAUGUAACAGAAAAACUGUAAUUUCCAUGAAGAUUCUUCCGAAAAGCAGUGGAAUUUGUUGCAAAAACAUUUUUAUUAUAUUUGAUUGACAAAUAUAAUUCAUUUUUUUAUUAAAAAUCAAUAAAUUUCUCUUAAUCUCA